AUGCAGCCCAAGGUUCAGACCGAACACCUUGCGCCAGGCGUGAUCCUGAUCGUUGGGGGAGGCCCAGUGGGGCUUGUGCUCGCCACGACGCUUGCCCACCAUGGUGUUCGAAGCGUGAUACUGGAGCGCAACUUUACGACCACGCGAUGGCCCAAGAUGGAUCUGACCACAGCUAGGUCCAUGGAGAUUCUCAAGAGGCUCGGCAUCGCUCAGCGACUACGGGAGCGAGCCGUCCCGUCUCAUCACCCCUUCACCUGUCUUUUCUCCAGCGGCCUCGCCGCCGACAAGGCCAUCACGUCGUGGCAGCUGCCCAGCGUCGACAAGUACCGCGGGGAGAUUGCUGCCCGCAACGAUGGGACCAUGCCCAUGGAGCCGUGGCUUCGCAUCUCGCAGGAGAUAUUUGAGGCUUGGCUUAAAUCUCUGAGCGACUCGAACCCCUUGAUCGAGUUCCGCGCAGGAUGGCAGGUAACAGCAUCCAAAGAAUACGAUGAAAGAGCUGAGGUCACCUGUCGCCAGGUCUCCACAGGAGACGAGCGUUCCAUUCAAGCUGAUUUUGUGGUGGGGUGUGACGGCGCUCGCAGUGUGCUGCGAGAAGGCUUGGGUAUCAAGCUGGAUGGGGGCCCACUUCCAGCCCAGGCUCUUCUUGUCCAUUUCAAAUCCAAGGACCUAUCACGCAUUCAGAAACAAGGCCAGUUCUGGCACUUGUUCUUCCCCAAUAAAGCUGCAGACGGCGGUGGCGUUAAGGGGGCGGUGAUUGCACAGGACGAGAUCGAUACAUGGACGGUCCAUUUAUUUUUACAUGCCGGCGACGACCCUGCCCGAAUCUCCUCAGAUGAUGCUGUCGCCAGCGUCUUGGGCGGGAUUGGGGAUCCGUUUCCCAUCAAAAUUGACGAGGUACUCGUCAGGUCGACAUGGAGUCCCAGUAUCGCAGUGGCACAGUCAUACGCAGGGCCUAAACAGCGCAUCCUCCUCGCCGGUGACGCUUGUCACCAAGUUCUGCCGACAGGAGGCUACGGCAUGAACUCUGGUGUAGCGGAUGCGUACGACCUGGGGUGGAAGCUGGCUGCUUCGGUUAACGGCUGGGCGGGUCCAAGGCUGCUCGCCUCAUAUGAGGAGGAGCGUCGCCCAGUUGCUGAGCUGGUCGCCCAUUGGUCCAAGACGCACAUGGGAAAUCUCUCGCGCUUGCCCAUCGCCACCAGCAUCGACGAGCACAUCAAUUCGGACAGCCCCAAAGGCCGGGACAUGCGCGCUGCCGUGCACGAUUUCCUUCAGACCCACGAUGGGCAUAACCAGAGUAUCGGUGUCGAGAUGGGAUAUGGCUACCAGUCCGGGAUUUGCAUACACAGCCCGCUAGAUGACGACAGGGCCGCGCCCGUGUUUGACGCCAGGAAGUGCACUCCGACAACAUACCCUGGGUACAGGGCCCCGCACGUCGUGCUGAAAGGGGGCGAGCCAAUCUACGACCAUUUUGGCAAAGCUUUCACGCUGGUUGUUUUCGAUGGACCGGAUGCACGUGCCCAGCCAUCCCCGUGGGCAAAGAAGGCCGUCGAGUGUUUCGGCGCAGCGGCGAGGAAACACAGAGUACCACUAUCGGUAGUUGUGUUGUAUGGAGAAGCGCACGCUGCGAGCGUUUGGGAUGCUCGCAUUGUGCUGGUACGGCCCGAUGAGUUUGUGUCGUGGCAUGGAAAUGAAGUGGAUGACCAGGAAGCGGUGGAAUACACCCUUCUCCGAGCCAUAGGAUUCAGCGUCUAA